UGCAGUCGGGAGCAAAAGCCGAGGGUUUCCGAUCAGAGCCGAGUGUCAGCUUGGGAGGUAAACAGCGUCAUUCUUCACUGCAGCACAUAAACGAGCCGACUUUGAGCGCAACUCACCUGCAGGACGAGUGGACUUGCUUCUUCUGCGGGAAGAAAUCAUCAACGACGUGACCUUUGACCCAGAGGACUGGACACGAUGCUGCAGUGUUUCCACCUGCUGCUGCUGGAGCCCGCCAAGGCCAUGGCCGGCAAAAUAAAGGCGCUGAACUCCAAAGCGAAGAAGAAGCCUGAAGUCCUGGAGGAUGACCAGCGACUUGUGGCGGAACUGGCUAAAGACCUGGGCCGGGUGUGCCAGAGUUCCUCGGUCUUGGAGCACAUCUGGAAGCAGGACGACAUCUGGCCAAGCACUCUCUGCAGGGUCUUCAUUCUGGAAUGGGCUUCCAUGUUGGAGACCAAGAGGAGGCCCGUGCAGACUGGCGGCUGGCCCGGAAACCUGGACCGCCAGCGGUGGGAUCCCGACAACCAGCUGGACCUGCAGAAGGCCAAGUUAGACCUCCUUGAUUGGGUGAAAGACUGGAGGACUCAGCCCGAGCAAAGCGUUCUGCCUGGGAAAGGUGUGGCCAAGGUUCUGGAGGACUUGAGGCAGGCUUGGCGCUGGGGCCAAGUUCCAAACCUGCUGAAUGCCAUGGAGAUGGUCAUGUGGACUCUCAUGCUGGAGAGUCCAGAAAAGGAAACUGUACCACAGCUCUGGUUGGCCUGGAAGCAGAGGACGGACUUUGGUGCGAUCUCUUACAUUCCUCAGCCAGUGUGGGACUGGAUCACCAAGGCCGCAGUGGAGGUGACUCUCAACAAAGACACGGCCAACCCCGACCUUCACAUCUCCGGCGACGACAAGAAGAUGCGCGUCGGCUUGGAGAGGAAGGACGUCCUCAACCACCGCCGGCGCUUUGACGGCUGGUGGUGCGCCGCGGGAUUGGAGGGCUUCGGCGCGGGCCGUCGCUACUGGGAGGUGCAAGUAGGUGAGCGAGAUUGGCGGCUGGGCGUGGCCAAAGAGUCGGCCCUGAGGAAAGGGUUCAAGUCCCUCAACACCGGCACGGGUUACCUGACCCUGCGCCUGGAGAGGGGCACCGAGCUUAAGGCGCUGACGGUGCCGUACACCGCCCUGCCGCCGGGCCUCAUCCCCCAGAAAGUGGGCGUCUACCUGGAUUACGACGCCGGCCAGCUGUCCUUCUACGACGUGGACACGCACGUCCACAUUUACACGUACAAGGAGCGCUUUUGCGAGAAGCUCUUCCCACUCUUCGGUACGGUGGAGGUCGCCAAUGAUCUGGUGAUCAGGACCCCUGAAGUGGAUGCCCAGUGUCUCUGUGCUACAUCCUGCCUUUGGGGUUGAGGAAAGUCUGCAGUGGAUGUCACAGUUAGCAACGAAAACGAGGUUAUGCAAAUAUAUUCAUCACUGGGAGGGUAUUCCUGCUGUAAAAGAAUGAGGGUGUGCUUUUAAAUAGCUUCUGCUGCUACAAUCAAAUGAAACCACAUGCUCGCUUACGUCCUGUAGACUGUAGCAUCCAUGUGGUGUACUAUGUAGUAUUCACCCUGCACUCAAUAAAAUAUAAAUG